AUGGUGCAGCCGACGCCUACUCUUGCCAAUCGUUCCAUGACCUCCCAGGACGACGACAAUGGUCACAACAAGUACGAUGACAAGAUCAUCAAAGACCUCCUUACUCUACUGGUCAUCGCCCAGGAGAGGUUUGCCAACCACACCACCACUCAUCCUACGAAGCGUUCUGUCGAGGGUUCUAACCAGAACGACAUUAACGCCAUCUUGGUCAAAAUCCUUGACCGCAUCGUCAAGGCCCAGGAGGACCCUAGCGAAAGGGACAUCGAACUCAUCUGGACCGCUCUUCUACAGCGUCUCGUCAAAGCCCAUGAGGAUGCCGCGAAGCCGUCCAACCCCUGGACCGCACCGACAAAGUUGACCGCCGCAGCAUCGAUUAUCACCCUCAUCAUCGGAGUUCUGAACUUUUUUAAGGACAGAAUCAUCUCGCUGGACUGGCGAAUCUGCGGCUGGCGCCUUGCUUCUCUCGUCUUAUGGAUCACCGGCUGGGAGGCGGCCACUCAGCUUAAAGACAGACUGAGUGUCGUCGAAAAGGCUAUUUCCGGCAGAGCGAACGUCGAGCCUUUCAUAUCGGCAACAGCGUUGGACAACCCCAUGCAAUGCCUGAAAACUCGGGUCGCUAACCUCAACACUGACCUCGAAAAGACAACAAAGGAUACUACUGAUCUUGGCACUAACCUUGGUAAUGACAUCACUCGGCUGGACAAGCUGGUGGCCGAUAAGGCCACUGAACUGGAGGAGCUGGUGGCUAACAAGGCAAUCAAACUCGAGAAGCUCGUGACUGACAAAGCUACCGAACUGAAGAAGCUCGUGGCUGACAAGGCCGUCGAACUGAAGAAGCUGGUAGGCGACAACGACGCCGACCUAGAGAAGCGAGUCGACGACAACAUGAUCAAGCUGGAGCACCGGGUGAACAAGAACACCGCCAACCUUGGUAGCCGUUUGGACGAGAAAAGAGACGAGUUUUCGAAGAAGCUGGGAGACCUGGAAACUUCUCUUCAGGUUCACAAGGACAUGGCGGUAUCGUUGGCACACAACUGA